AUGAGCCCCCAUCUCAGGUGCCUCUUUGAGGCCAUCCCAGGAUCUGGUUGCUCUGAGGCAGACACUUCCUGUCAAUGCGCAAACACAAACUUGCAGGACAAGACCUCGAUGUGUCUGGUCGCUAACUGCACAAUGCAGGAGACUCUAGAUAUGGCGCGACUUACUGCUGCAACCUGCGGCUUCUCAAAUGAGUCCCAGUCGACGCGUAUUAUUAUCGCGGUGUCGUUCUUUUUUGGAGGCACCGCAGUUUUUGUCAUGCUCCGGACACUUUCGAAGCUAAUGACCAGAACUCUAUACGCCGAGGACCACAUAAUAACGGCUGCCGUGACGCUGGCUAUGGCUCCAUUUGUAUGCGUCAUAUACAUGGCCGUGCUGGGCUUCGGAAGUCAUUUGUGGAGUCUGAAGGACGGUGCAAAGCUACAGAUUCUCCGAUUAUUCUACAUUUCCGAGAUUAUCUACGUGGUUGUGCUAGCACUCAUUAAAGUUUCUAUCGUUACCAUGUACCUGAGAAUAUUCUGGGCCUACCGCCCCUUCUACCUCACCUGCUACGUCGUGCUCACCUUUAUCAUCCUAUCAAGCUCCAUCAUUACGAUCCUCACUAUCCUCUCCUGUCGACCAGUCGAGUACUUCUGGGACCGGGAUAUCGCCGGAGGCGCAUGCCUAGACAUCACUGCUUUAGCCUACGCCAAUUCUGGUCUUGCUGUCGUCCAAGAUCUGAUCAUCGUCCUUCUACCAAUAAUCAUGCUCUGGAGACUCCAGAUGACGCGCAAGAAGAAAUUCUUCAUCGGUAUCAUGUUUGCGCUCGGAGGAAUCGGUCUGAUUGCCACGAUAGUGCGCCUUCAGACCCUUAAAAAUUUCGGGACUACCCUCGAUCCAACAUGGACGUACGUGCCGGUAGUCUAUUGGACCAGUGUCGAACUUUCCGCUGGGAUCAUUGCGUCCUGUCUUCCCGCCGUCCGAAUUCUUCUGGAGCGGUUCUUCAAGUUCUUCGCCCUGAGUGCGGCCGGAUCCGAGCCCUCGACAUUCAUCAGACUACAAAGACAGAGAAAGUCGUCACGCAAGGGGUCAGCCCCAGCUAUUGAGCCUUGGACGGAUGACAAUGCGAGCCAGACAAGACUGACGAGCUCAAAAACCUCUGAAUCGGCUGCAUCAUCGAUAGUGCGCGAUGGUGAACCUGCUGGAGCUGGAACAGAGGGCAGGACUGGCCAGGGCUAA